AUGCUGCCUUGGAAGAAGAAUAAAUUCGACUUGAUUGAGGAAGAUAAGCAGUCGAAGCAGAAGGGGUAUGCCGUGAGUUUGAACUACUCUGCGCUGACCUCCUUCGCCAAGUCUUGUCCGGAGAGUGCGCUCAACAGGGUGGGAAGUAUGUUUAAAUCUAAAAGGAAAAAGGUCAAGAUCACCAGCGAAGACCCCACGUACACAGUGCUAUACUUGGGAAAUGCCACCACCAUCCAGUCAAAGGGAGAAGGUUGCACGGACGUCGCCGUUAGUAAGAUUUGGGGCAAAAGCGAACUGGGGAAAAGCGGCACAAAAAUGAAAUUAACCAUCAGCUCGCAAGGCAUCCGGAUGGUUCACGUGGAUGACAAAGCGAGGAGACCUGGACACUUGUAUUUAUUGCAUAGGAUAACUUACUGUGUCGCCGACCCUCGGUUACCCAAAAUCUUUGCUUGGAUCUAUAGACAUGAAAUGAAACACAAGGCUGUGAUGCUUCGCUGCCACGCUGUUCUUGUGUCCAAGCCGGAGAAGGCGAAAGCCAUGGCUUUGCUGUUAUACCAGACCUCAGCCACAGCACUGGCUGAGUUCAAAAGGCUUAAAAGAAGGGACGAUGCGAGGCACCAGCAACAGCAGUUGAUAGGGGAGCAGACGAUCCCUUUGGUGCCUCUUCGAAAGCUUCUUAAUGGACAGUGUUAUUACAAACCCCCAGUGGAGCGCAGCCGGAGCGCACCAAAACUGGGCUCCAUCACAGAGGACUUGAUCGGUGAGGAAGAGGAGGAGAAAGCCAUGCACUUUGAGUGCGAGGACAUUCUUGAUGACUGUGUGGGCAACGGCAAGCAGGAGUUGUCCCAGAUAAUCAACGAUUUAGGAGAGAUGAGUAUUGGAAACGACGUACAGACACUAAAAGCCGACCUGAGAGUCACACGGUUACUCUCGGGCGAGAGCACUGGCAGUGAAUCGUCAAUAGACAGCAACCAAGAAGCAGUUCCCAUCUCUAGCAGCACUGAGGACAACCAAAUGUUAGAGAUUGGCUAGCAGCGAAACGAAAUUUUGUCAUUUCUGGCAACAAAUUAAACUAUUGUAAUCUUAAUUUGACAUGUGCUGUUUCAUUACAAGGAACGUGUAAUGCGUGUAGUGUUGUGCCACCUCAUCCAUUCGACUUGAAAAGAUGUUGUAAUUUGGGGGUAUGAAGCAACGAUUGUUGUUCACCUACAGACACUCGCACAAUAACACUUGAUGGGCGUAAAGGGUCUUUGGGAGCUCGGCGAAGUACCGUAAAGACUGCGUGUUCACGACAGCGGA